CACCAUGACUGUUUAUUCCAGCAGGAGGAUCGAUGGCAUGCAGCAGCCCGACCGUGUCCGUUUCAUAGUCUGUGGCAGCUGCUAACACCUGUGAGCAUGAGCGGGUUAAUGCUGAAUGUCUGGCUGACAGCAGGACAGAAGGAGGAAAGGGAAGCUUAAAUGAGUGAGAGGCAGGGGGCAGAGAGGAGGAGGAGUGACAGAAUGAUAGAGUGAAUUAAUUCAACCUUAGCCAGCCCUGAUUGACUCAGUAGCAAACUGGCAUGUACAAACAUUCACAGUGACACCAAAGCCAUGGAGAGAGAAAAGAGGAAUGACAUGUCUUUCUCCAGAAAGAGAAGUUUCACUUUUGGGGCAUAUGGAGGUGUGGACAAAUUCACAUGUGGGGAUGAAACGAGACCUGAAUCUGCAGAGGACAACAUACUGGACAUCCUGGACUCUCCUGCCAGGGACAGAAAGCCUUUCCUCCCUGCCAGCAGCAACCAGAGGGACACAGAGCUGUUUGAAAUCAUUGAAAAGCUGCAGGGCAGCAGGAUCGAUGAGCAGCGGUGUGAAUUCCCUCCUCCUCUGAAGUCUCAGCUUUUAACCAUAGGUGGAGACCUGCCGCUCAUCCUCCCUCCGAGUCAGGGGGGCUACUGGGUAGACCCCCCUCUGGACAGGCUUGUAGAUGUGAGUCCCACCUCCUCUCACUGUGGCCUUGAUGAUUCAGAGAGCUAUGACAUCAUGGAGAGAGACGGGGAGGCCAAAAUCUACCAAGAGUUCUUCAGCUCACGAUACCAUCACUCAUUCACAGCAGUGGAUCCGUCUUUGGGGCCUCUGGUUCUCUCCGUGUGUCUGGAGGAAGAGGAGAGCAAGCUGCGGGUGAUACUAAGAAUGAAGGAGUGCUCUCUGCAUGGAGUUUUCUCUGCCUCUCUUUUCCCCAACAUCCCAUCAGCUGUUGAAUUAGCAAAGAUGCUGUGCGACAGAGUGACUGUCUCAAAGUUUGAAGUGGUCAGCUACCUCAAGGCUCCAGAACUCAUAACUGCAUUUGAUGAACACAGAGUGUCUCCAAAUUUCAAGUUUGGCGUUUUGUACCAAAAGGACGGGCAGUUCACUGAGGAGGACAUCCUCAGCAACAAUGAGGAGAGUGAGGAGUUUAAAGAGCUCCUUUCUGUUUUGGGAGAGACGAUUCAGCUGCAAGGCUUCUCUGGGUUCAGAGGCGGACUGGACGUGUCUCAUGGUCAGACAGGAAGUGAAGCCGUCUUCACUUCCUUUCACGGGAGAGAAAUCAUGUUCCAUGUCGCAACUAAACUGCCUUUCACAGAGGGCGACCCGCAGCAGUUACAAAGAAAAAGACACAUCGGUAAUGAUAUUGUAGCUUUGGUCUAUCAGGAUGGCCAAACCCCGUUUCUGUCUGACGUUAUCAAGUCUCACUUCCUGCACUGUUUCCUGGUGGUCAGGAGGAUUCAGGAUCCAGAGGAGACAGGUGAAACUGCGUACCAGGUUUCCGUCACAGCCAGAGAGGAUGUUCCUCCCUUUGGUCCAGUCCUCCCUGAUCCUCCCAUCUUUAGAGAUCAUUCCCUGCUGAGAGAAUUCCUCCUGACCAAACUCAUCAACGCAGAGAUUUCCUGCUAUAAGGCUGAACGAUUCAGCAGACUUGAGCUCCGCACUCGUUCGUCACUCCUGGAGAGUCUGCAGGCUGAACUCUCCACCCGUUCCCAGUGCAUGAUGGGGGAUCCAUCACUUUCUGGCUCUGAGGGUACACGAGGGGCGACUGAAGGGAGUGGAGGAUUCAUUGAAAACUUUAAGAGAGCCAUAAGAGUGCGGAGUCACUCCUUUGAGACUCUCGGGGUGCCCAGGAAGACUGGUGGCAGUGCAUCACAGAAACCUAAGACAGAGAAAGAUGGAGAGAGUGACAAAUCUCCAGGACCUCUGCCUGCUGACAGUUUGGGUUCGGCUGAAAUCAAAGACCAACCAAGUCCUCAAGAAGAGACAUAAAAGGAAAUAUUAAUAUGUAGAUUUUAAAUGUUAAUAUAAAUAUAGACAUUGCUAGCCGACAUGGUUGCUACUUUAUCAUCCUGCUUAUAUGUAAAUAGAAUGUAAAAGUAAAUAGUAUUUCUGAGAAUAUAAUUAUUUUACUGUCAUAGUGAUACUUUACAAUGAUGAAAAUAUUAACAUUGUAUUUCAGUGAAAUGUUAAACAAACAAAUAUAACGACUGCCAGGAAAGGCUCAAGUGUUUUGUGUUUAUACUGUUGUGUUUUUAUUGUCAAUAAAAGAGUUUCUUUCAAUGGGGGAUGUGAAGAGAGGAAGUAGGGAGGAGACAGAGGUGGGGGCCAGCAGAGGAAAUUCAAUUAAAAUUAGAACAAUAUGGAGAAAAUGAAGAAUGAUGACUGUUCUGAUGAUGAAAAUGGGUUUAAUGUGCCCAGUAAAAUAGGAUUAUUAGAAAGAGCUGAUGGUGGCACUUUAGGAAACAAACACGUUACACUGAAAGUAAAAAGAAGCAGAAGAGAGGAGGAAGAAUAUACCAACGGAAGAAGUAUUUAGAUUUUAUGCAUAUAAAAAUACUUUAUAGUACAAGUCUGCGGUAAAAUUUACAU